CUCGUGCAUUCCAUGCAUAACUAUACAUUUGACCUUGACAAGUGGCGCCGUCUCCAGGAACAUUCAUAUCGGGCUAGCCUGACAAACGCCGUGUGCUCUCCCGUGAGCGCCCCCCACUGCGUCAUUCGAAGGAAGCCGUCCAAGGUUGCAGGCGAUGUGGCAUUGUGAAGUCUGCUUGAACAUUCAAGACAAAUAUUUCGUAAACAUCGCGUUUCUGUGGCUAAGACCGUCUGAGCAAUCGCAUACAUCCGCUUGCUUGCACAAACUACUCCCUUCCCCCGCCUGGGAUGAAUCACCAUUCGCGCCUCUGACGUGAAACCCACAUCUACAAACAGCGCCUUGGACAGUCGCGUGGGCAAUCGCCAUUAUGGCGGAGUCACAUCCAGAGCUAGAACGAAAGCUUCAAGAGCUAGAUCAUGAACUAGAGGACGGUGAUAUCACACGAAAAGGAUAUGAGAAACGUCGUACCAUCCUCCUAUCCCAAUUUCUCGGGCCUGGCAUCCCACAACCUCCGGUAGACAUCCAGGUACAGCCUGCAGAAGAUGACGGCGCUUCAUACGAUGGACAAUCCGUGGCUCCUCUGCGUACUUCCAGUAUGAUAUCGUCUCAAUCACAGUAUGCACAGAAUCCGCAGUAUGCGCAGCAACCACAGUAUGCACAUCAAUCGCAGUACGCUCCGCAGAACCAGGGACCAUACGGUGGACGACAGUCUUCGGGCGAAUACAUGGCAUACCCUCCAAGUCAAGUCGGCAGGUUUCAGGAGCGCCAGCUAGGAAUUCGGAACAAUAGCAUGCAAAGUCAGAGGCAAUCCUCGUUCGGCGGCUCUGUCACACCAGACACAUUCCAGUAUUCAAGAGAAGGUACCAUGGUAAACUCGGAUUAUGCUUUCAACCCCGCGAACGAACCAGGCUACCAAGACCACGGGGGAGACAGUAGUCGGAUGAGCACAAUGCUCGAGUCUCAGCAGGGUUACUUCUCCGACUUUGCAGGUCAACAAGCGCAGGAGCCUCGAGAAAGCUAUGGGGGACCUAACAGAUAUUCCACAGGAGACGCCUUUUCACCUACAGCAGCAGUUCCACCACCAAUGCUUGAUCAAUACGAUCUUCCUUCCAUCGAGUGCCAACUACCUUUGGAGCCCAGAGACGUACCGUUCGCGGUCAAUGAUCCACAUAAUGCAGGUGUACCGAUGGCCAAGUUUGAUAAUCUCGCGGCAGUCUUGCGUCACCGAGGACGCACGAACCAGAAGCAGACAGCAUAUUGGGUAAUAGAUCCGAAGGGUAAAGAGACGCAGUCGAUCACAUGGGAAAAGCUUGCCAGUCGUGCGGAAAAAGUCGCCAAAGUCAUCAGAGACAAGAGCAAUCUAUAUCGCGGCGAUCGUGUAGCGCUUGUGUACAGGGACAAUGAAAUCAUUGAUUUCGCCGUUGCGCUACUCGGGUGCUUCAUCGCUGGAGUUGUGGCUGUUCCCAUGAAUAGCGUUGACGACUACCAGAAGCUGAGCCUCCUACUGACAACUACGCAAGCCCAUCUCGCUCUGACAACGGAGAACAACCUGAAGGCAUUCCAUCGAGACAUAAGCCAGAAUCGACUCAAGUGGCCGACCGGCGUCGAGUGGUGGAAGACCAAUGAAUUCGGCUCCUAUCAGCCCAGGAAACAUGACGACGUACCUCCUUUACAAGUACCGGAUCUGGCUUAUAUUGAGUUCUCUCGUGCCCCAACUGGUGACCUUCGAGGUGUAGUAUUGAGUCAUCGAACCAUUAUGCAUCAGAUGGCAUGCAUGAGUGCAAUCAUAUCAACAAUCCCAACAACUGGCUCUGCAAGUAAAGAUACAUUUAAUACGACAUUGCGGGAUAGAAACGGAAACCUGAUCAACACAGCCGGCGCUCCAAAGUCAUCUGGUGCGGAGGUUAUUAUGAGUUAUCUGGACCCGAGGGAGGGAGCGGGACUCAUCAUGGGUGUACUACUAGGUGUGUACGGAGGGCAUACCACUGUGUGGAUGGAAGCACGAACUGUAGAAACACCCGGGCUUUACGCUUAUUUGAUAUCGAAAUAUAGAACGACCAUCAUUGUGGGCGACUAUCCUGGCCUAAAACGAUCUGCGUACAAUUACCAACAGGAUCCGAUGGCCACACGUAACUUCAAGAAGAACAUGGAACCAAACUUUGCCACUCUCAAAAUUUGCCUUAUCGACACUCUCACAGUCGACUCCGAAUUUCACGAAGUCUUGGGGGAUCGAUGGCUGAAGCCAUUGCGAAAUCCUCGUGGAAAAGAGCUUGUUGCUCCGAUGCUCUGUCUGCCCGAGCACGGUGGGAUGAUAAUCUCUGUUCGAGACUGGCUUGGUGGUGAGGAACGCAUGGGAUGUCCACUGAGCGAGGACGAGCCUCAGGAAGUUGAAGUGGACACGACAGAAGCACCACCAAGUGUUUCGAAUGGAUACUCUAGUCUCAUCGGAGGGGGUACAGUAAAGAAAGCGACCAAACCCAAGAGCAGGACUGAACUCAGCGAGAUUCUCUUGGACAAAGAAGCAUUGAAAACGAACGAAAUUAUUGUCAUCGCUAUGGGCGAUGAAGCUCGAAAACGAGCGAACGAGCCUGGAACUUUGCGCGUUGGUGCUUUUGGGUAUCCUAUUCCGGAUGCCACUUUAGCACUAGUUGAUCCAGAGACAAGCUUACUAUGCGCUCCGUACACGAUUGGAGAGAUCUGGGUCGAUUCGCCAUCCUUGUCCGGUGGUUUCUGGGCUUUACCAAAGCACACCGAAACUAUUUUCCACGCGCGUCCAUACCGUUUCAUGGAAGGUAAUCCCACUCCUGUACUCGUCGAACCUGAAUUCCUACGCACUGGUCUCCUUGGAUGUAUCGUCGAAGGCAAGAUAUUUGUGCUAGGCUUGUACGAAGACCGCAUCAGGCAAAGGGUGGAGUGGAUGGAACACGGUGAAAUGGCCGAACAUCGAUACUUUUUCGUACAACACCUUGUUCUCAGCAUCAUGAAGACUGUGCCGAAAAUAUAUGACUGCUCUGCCUUCGACUCGCAUGUGAAUGGAGAAUACCUACCCAUCAUCCUGAUCGAGACGCAAGCUGCGUCUACUGCGCCGACCACAGCAGGUGGUCCCCCACGACAGCUGGACAUCCCGUUCCUGGAAUCUUUAUCGGACCGUGUGAUUGAAGUGCUCUAUUCAGAGCACCAUCUCCGAGUGUACUGCGUCAUGAUAACUGCUCCCAACACAUUGCCCCGUGUCGUCAAGAAUGGACGUAGAGAAAUUGGUAACAUGCUUUGCCGCAGGGAGUUCGAAAGUGGAUCGCUCCCCUGCGUACACGUAAAGUUUGGUAUCGAAAAGGCGGUACAAAACCUACCCCUUGGUGAUGAUCCACAAGGUGGCAUAUUCAGCCCGCUCUCAUCGCAAACGCGCCAGGACUACGUGAUGAUGCAAGAUAAGCAGUAUUCGGGCGUUGAUUAUCGUGAGGUAGUCAUUGACGAUCGAACCUCUACACCACUCAAUAAGUUCACCAACAUUCACGAUCUUAUGCAAUGGCGAGUCUCCAGACAGGCCGAGGAACUGGCCUAUUGCACUGUAGAUGGGCGUGGGAAAGAAGGUAAAGGCGUAAAUUGGCGAAAAUUCGACCUCAAGGUAGCCGCCGUAGCCCUAUACCUGAAGAAUAAGGUCAAAGUGCGGCCUGGUGAUCACCUCGUUCUUAUGUACACUCACUCAGAGGACUUCGUGUUCGCGGUACAUGCUUGCUGGGUCUUGGGUGCUAUCGUCAUUCCUAUGGCACCAAUCGAUCAAAAUCGGCUAAACGAGGACGCACCAGCACUCUUACACAUGAUCUCUGACUUCAAGGUCAAAGCAAUACUGGUCAACGCAGACGUGGACCAUCUCCUAAAAACAAAGGCAGUCUCACAGCAUGUAAAACAGUCCGCAAUGAUUCUGAAGAUAUCGUUGCCUAACAUCUACAACACCACAAAACCACCAAAGCAAUCGAGUGGCUGUCGCGAGCAUAAACUCACCAUGCAAACAGCCUGGGUGCAGUCCGGGUAUCCUGCACUCAUUUGGACGUACUGGACUCCCGAUCAACGACGAAUGGCUGUCCAGAUGAACCACGACACCUUAAUGGCUUUAUGUAAGGUACAGAAAGAAACUUGUCAAAUGACGAGCACGAGACCUGUGCUAGGGUGCGUCCGUAGUACGAUCGGUCUUGGCUUUAUUCACACCUGCCUCAUGGGCAUUUUCCUAGCUGCCCCUACAUAUCUUGUAUCUCCUGUCGACUUCGCCGCAAACCCUCAAAUCCUUUUCCAAACACUCUCCAGAUAUAAGAUCAAGGACACAUACGCGACGAGCCAGAUGUUGGACCAUGCGAUUGGCCAUGGGGCUGGUAAGAACACUGGUCUGCACGAACUCCGCAACCUCAUGAUUUCGACCGACGGGCGACCGCGUGCUGAGGUAUAUCAAAAAGUCCGGCUUCAUUUUGCAGGUGCAGGUCUGGACAGGACUGCUAUCAACACGAUCUACUCACAUGUCUUAAACCCUAUGGUAGCCUCUCGGUCAUACAUGUGUAUUGAACCCAUCGAGUUGUGGCUAGACAUGAAUAUGCUGCGGCGCGGCCUUGUUGUGCCUGUGGAUCCAGAUACGGAACCAUUCGCGCUACUCGUCCAGGAUUCAGGCAUGGUACCUGUCAGUACACAGCUUGCCAUUGUAAAUCCAGAAACCAAUCGUCUUUGCUUGGUUGGCGAAUACGGCGAGAUUUGGGUACAGUCGGAGGCGAACGCACACUGCUUCUAUGGAAGCAAAGACCCCAUCGAUUAUGAAAGGCUGAACGGCAGAACAGUCGAUGGCGAUCCAGAAGUUCGCUAUGUGCGGACAGGUGACCUUGGGUUCCUGCACAACGUGAGCAGGCCUAUUGGACCGAACGGCGGCAUGGUUGAAAUGCAAGUGCUGUUCGUACUUGGUGCUAUUGGGGACACAUUCGAAGUCAAUGGCUUAAAUCACUUUGCAAUGGAUAUUGAGCUGAGCGUCGAGAAAUGCCACCGGAAUAUAGUUCCGAAUGGAUGUGCUGUCAUUCAAGCUGGCGGCCUUGUCGUUCUUCUUGUAGAGAUUGUGCGCAAAAACUUUCUCGCCUCCCUCGUCCCGGUCAUUGUGAACGCUGUGCUCAAUGAACACCACCUUGUCACCGACAUUGUUGCCUUUGUGGGGAAAGGGGAUUUCCCUCGCUCGCGCCUCGGUGAAAAGCAGCGCAGCAAGAUCCUCGCGUCUUGGGUCACGCGUAAAAUGCGGACUAUCGCUCAAUUCGCAAUCCGCGAUCCAGAUAUGGACGUGAGCCAGAUCACUGAAAUACCAGAAGGGCGCACCCUGACUAUGCAGAGUCGUACUCCUACAGGCCUCGCAAGUAUGAAGCGCCCAAGCAGUUUGAAACACGAGCUUGCCGCAAACUCCAUGUCACCUGGGUCGAUCAAUUUACCUCCAGGAAUAGCAGAGAUGCCUACCUCAUAUCAAGAAUCCAUCGCCGAGCUACCUGAUAACGAACGUGGUGGUGUGACACCGACGGAAAACACCCGCAAAGAGUUUCUCAACUCAGAGCAACAGCUGCACCACGAUUCCAUAGGUGUCGCGAUGAGCGAGCAUGACCCACUAGUCGAUACCUCGGUCGCUGCGGAUACAGCUUCUGCUGCACUACAUCGGCGACCGGUGCCUGGAAGAGCUAUGUCCUCUGAAUACGCGAGAACCGGCGAAGCAUCUGCUACCUUCGACCCCAGCAUUCCCGCAAUGUUGCAGCCACAGGUACCGCGAAGCUAUGCCCCGAAUCAGGAUGGCCAUCAUCUAGGCCAAGGCUACAACGAUCAGCCAGAGUUCACGCCAGGGGACGAUGCUAGCCCAGACCCAAACUACGCAAGCAAGCCGUUUCUAGACGUCGAAUUCGAUCAUGAGAAGCGGAAGAGUGGCGAGAGCGAGGACUGGCCGCAGGAGGCACUGGGAUACAUGAGUCUGGGCAACCCAUCGUCUCGGUCUUAGGUAUAUAGAGCUGGUCGGAGGGAGAGAGAUAUUCUGUGUUCUUGCAUACAUGGUCGUGUAUAUCUAGGGAUGAUAAUUGGCGGGUCUCGUGCAAAUAAUGGCGACUUGAUGGGUUGUUUCAACGGUGGUUGUGUAAUAAUUGAAUGGCUUCAGCUUUCAUUGCCUGUGUUGAUCUUUGUCACGGGGCACAUGGGCUCGCGAUUAGAAGUCGGUUCUUUCAUUGAUCCAUUCAUCAGCAAGUCUGACUAGAGUAUAUUGUUGAAAGUAGCCUCAGGAGACCAGAGGCUGACGUUAUGGCCCGAGAAUUAAGGCACCAUCAAUAAUUUAUAUUUAGAAUCACU